UUAAUAUUUACAAAAUCAGGAUUAAAAAAAAAAAGGCGACAAUCAAAGAACACUUGAAUCAGCUGUCGUAGGAAGUGUACAGUAGCACCCCCUACUUCAAAUACAGGAUUAUAGACUUACUGAAUUAUGAUGUAAUAAAAAUACACCAUGACAUGUUUUAAUAAAUUUUCAUACUGGAUGAAUGAUAACGUUUGUUUCGUACAGAACUGUUUACAUCUUUGUGCAAAGCAGUGUAUAUAGUCUGUAAGUGCCGGAUUUAAUUUGCUUGAUCUAUGCUUUAAAUGCCAUAAUAAAUAAUAAAAAUGCCGAACAGUGGAUUUACAAAGUUUUGAAAAAUCACAUGUUUCUGCGACAUCUAGUGUGAAAACAUUGCGAUCUGAAUGUUAGGUCUUGUUUCGUUGAACCAGUUAAAAUCACUCUCUGUUGAUAUUAAUGCAACAAUGCCGAAGAAUAAGCAUAAGAACAUCGGGACGAGUUCCCUCAAGGUUAAGCCGAAGAAACGGCCUGGACUUAUCAAGCAGUUAUCUCAGCCAUUUUUUAUGACAAAUAAGAAAAAUAAGAAUUCAAAUGGAGCUGAACCAGAAAAGGCAAUUUCAUGCGUUAGUAAAGAAGAUUUGGGACUUUUCGGUGGUUUUGAUGACAUGUUUUUGCCGGACAGAACUGCAUUGUCUGAGAGCGUGUUCCUUUCGCCUGAAAUUGAGAAAUAUCUAAAUUCUGGUAAGUCUCCACUAACGCUAGAGAUUUCCGGACACCGAGAGAAAUGUUCAAGUGGAGAUAGUGGUUAUAUGUCACCACCGAACAUUAAUGAGGUAACCUCUCCGUCAUCCCUCAUACCAACAAAGGGUAUAUUGAAAAAGAUGAGGUCAAACUCACCAGACUCAAGGUCAAAUUCUCCGUUGCUCACUGUGGCAUCUCCCGACAGUAGAGCGUACAUGUCAUCGCCAGCUUUUAACGGGCAUGUUACGCCAAUGGUACAAAUUCGGGAUAGGCCAAUGUCACCGUUUGAGAGACCAAUGUCUCCUUUAGGUGAUGAUGGUAUUGAUAGUGCUCUGGGAUUUUUGGACGAUGUGAUUGAUCAAGAGAAUGUCAAGAAGACUGUCAAGAAAUCUGUCUCAUUUGGCCAGUUGGCUGAAGUGAAAAAUUUUACAAGCGACUCAUCGGAUAACGAUAUCUGUGAUGACUUUAAACCAAUUACAAAGAGCGUUUCUUGCGGGGACGUUGAAAACUUAAAACGUAAAAAGGACACAAUAAACAAAUCAUUCAAGAAAAGUGUUUCUUUUGAAGAUAUAACAAUGAGUACAGCAGAUGGUGAUGAAUUAGAGGGAAGUGAUUCUUGUGAAGAACUUAUACCUGUACAUGAUUCGGAUAGUUCUUUAUCGGAUAGUGAAAAAUUUGAAGCCGAAGAUGACGGGAAGUCGUGCUCGUGUGAGAAAAUUUGCGAAUUUGAGGUUGAGGUCAAGGUCAUUGACAUUCAACCUUUACACAAAGGUCAAGGUCAAAUUGAUGAUGAGGAGGAAGAAUAUGCAUGUAAACUUUUGGAUACAUUUAACGUCAUGAUUUGCCACCAUCCAGGCUGUACAAAGAAUAAUGAGAACCGACCCAUGCUGCUGUGUAAAGAAUGUGACAGUAAUAUACACCAGAGACCGGAAUACACCGGACAUCUCGUACUAGAUCUACCAAAGAGAAAAUCACAGCAUGAACGUACAGCGAGGUUCGCCCACGCUAAUUCUACGCCGGCUUUUCCCAACAAUAUGUCGAUGUCAAGUAUGGAUAUCGAGGAGAUUGAGAAUGACGAGGGUAUAGAAGACGGUGACGGCCCUAUCACCAUGGAAACAGAACAAAAACAAAGCAAAGAAGUUCCAGAAAUGGGUGAGGUAGAGAAGAAACUGAAAAGAAAGAAAGUUGUCAAAGCUAAACGGAGACACACAACUGGGGUUCGUAGUCACAGUGCGAGUGACAUUUUCAACGGAAAUGACGUACAAUCUGAUGACGAGGAAAUUAAAGGUCAACGAUUUAGUUACCAUGGUAGCAUUGACGAAAACGCUCUUGGCGUGGAGGAGUAUAAACGGCGACCAUCAAUAUCUUCGCCACCACAAGCUCUUCAACGAAAGGGUGCAAUAAACCAUGAGACUUUUACGAUGAAAAUUCGAAGUAUUGAUAAUGAAGAUGAAGAUAUUGAAAUUGUUGCAGCGGAGAAAAAUGUCUCGCUAAGAGAAGCCAUUCAGCCGAUACUUGAGAGACGUCGAAUAAGUAUCGGAGUUAUCAACGUGUUUGUCGAGGCCUCUAAUACACCUUUACCUCUGAACUGCGAGACAUUCCUCCUGGGAGGAACUACCAUGUACAUCAAAGGUAAGUUGUCUGUAAUGUAUUGUAGUCUCCCCUGUUCAGGAUUUAGCAACCAGCAAUACCGCUCAAUGGGCGGGACACCAAGGGACGGAUAUUCCGAUCUGAACCGCAACAUAUGA